UUCUUCGAUAAAAUGUCAGCUCUAUCAGAAAAAUGCUUUAUUGUGCGUAAAAUAACCAAACAAAUAUAAACACUCCCUUAAAAAAAAUUAAAGUUGAUUUAAAUUGUUUGUACCUUUACAAUUCUUUAGAUUUUUAACCUAAUUUUACUAAAUUAUUCGGUAAUUUUUCAAACUCUUUACUAGCCGGUAAAUUUUCAUGUGUAUUUUACUUCACCUUAGAGGUUAAUGUUGAAAAAAAAUUGAUAACAAAAAAAACUAGUGACAACAUGGAACAUUUUAUAAUAAUGGGUGUUUGCAUUUUUGUGCUACUUAUUAUGGUUUUCGCGCUAAAAUUAUUUUGCCGAACAAAUAUGAAAAAUGUGGAGAAUAAACACGUUGUGGUAACUGGCGGUUCAUGUGGAAUAGGAAAAAGCGUCGCUUUGAUUGCUGCUCGAAGUGGAGCUCACGUGACCAUCAUUGCUCGAAACAUUCAAAAAUUGGAGUCGGCAAAAAAUGAAAUUGUUGAAGCUUGCAAAAAUCCUUAUACACAGAGAGUCGAAUAUUUGUCCCUUGAUAUCAGUAAAAACUACGACGAAGUAGAAAAAUCAUUACUCGAUCUUGAAAAGACCAUGGGACCAAUUUACAUGCUGGCAAAUUGUGCUGGCACUGCAAUUGCAGCAAAAAUCGAAGAUACGACAGUGGAAAAUUUAAAAACCAUGUUUGAUAUAAAUUAUUUCGGUACAUUUUAUUGUACAAAGGCAAUUGUCCCAAUGAUGAAGAGUCGAAAGGAGGGGAUUAUUAUUUUAACCGCUUCUCAAGCUGCCUGUUUAGGAAUCUUUGGUUACACUGGUUAUGCGAGUUCGAAAUUUGCCGUUCGUGGAUUAGCGGAAUGCCUUUCUAUGGAAUUGUCCCCUUACAAUGUGUCUGUAACUUUAAGUUUACCACCUGAUACCAAUACUCCUGGAUUUAAACAAGAAGAACUGACAAAGCCCUUGGAAACGAAAUUAAUUUCACAAGCCGCUGAUCUCAUGGAACCAGAUGAUGUUGCAAAAACCAUGUUCAAAGAUGCUCUCACUGGAAAAUUUUUCUCGAUAAUCGGCUUUGAGAGCUUUAUGGUGGCGACCGUCUGCGCUGGAAUGUCGCCUUUUUCUUCAUGGUGUGAAGUAUUAAUUCAAUCAAUAUUGAUGGGAUUGUUCAGGAUUGUGGGUGCUUUUUAUUUAAUUUCAUUCCAGAGAAUAAUCAUAAGGGUUAUGAAGAAUCGCGACAAAAACAAAAGAGCUGAAUAGAAAAAUUGGACUUUUCUAAUAUAAUAAUUAAUAUUUACAAGUGAUGAGAGACCAUAAGUAUUUUGAAAUAUUUAGGAAAAUAUUAUAAAAAGGCUUUUUUAAAUAAAUAUUUUUAUAUAA